AUGUCCCUAGAGGCCAGAUAUGCCACACAAAGCCGGUGGCGCCAAGGCCACAUGUGGUUCCUUCGGUUGGUACCCCGUACCAUACCUAUUGCGGGAUCUACGCCCAGGAUUUAUUUUGUCCAUGAGGCUGUGAUGCUUGGUGCCAGAGGAAAGGAGGAGGCGAACGUGGAACUCCUGGCCUUGAGCAGCUCGGCGCCCGGCUGCAGGACCGCCGCAGGCAAAAAUCCACGGCUCUAG